UCCAGACCUGAACUUUUGGUAGCGCCUGAUUCCACUCAGAAGACACUUGCUCUAAUUUCAACGUUUCCCCUCUGCCCUGCUCCCACAGAUGAGGAUGCCUUUAUCCCCCUAUCACCAACUAAAGCGAAGCUUGCCUUUAAACAGAUCAGAUCUGACUUUCUAAUGUGGACAAGCAAGUGGAAUCUAAGAAGAGCCGAGCGUUUCUGCCAAGAUACUGUUUUCCUCCGGUUCCAUACAGUCCCUAGUUUUGCUGCCUCCCUCCAUAGACAACCUGACAAGGAACAGAUUGAAGAAGUGUUCCUGGAUGCCACUUCUGCAAACAAAUUCUUGAGCCGUAAGAUUCUUCAUAACCACUGGGAUUUUGAGCUGAUCGUGCCAGACAACUUGGAGCGUGAAUGCAUAGAAGAAGUUUGCAACUAUGAAGAAGCUCGGGAAGUCUUUGAAGACGACUCACAAACAAAAAAAUUUUGGGAGCCCUAUCAACGAGAAAAAGGAAAAACAAGAAAUCCUGGAAUAGAUGUGGCAGGCCUGGUGGCUGGCCUGAUUGCAGCUUUGGUGUCUAUUGUCAUGUUUAUAAUUGUGGCCAUGUAUUGUAUCAAAUAUCGGGCUAAAGAGAGAAAUCGAUCCAGAAGAACACAGGAUCCAGGGAUUCCCCUUGCCAACUUUGACGAUGAGCCCAAGCCAGAAUCUGCACCUGGGCUUCCUUCUUAUGAGCAAGCAAUGGCAUCUCCAGGGGUACACGACGCACCACCCCCACCUUACAACAGGAAUAACAAUUUGACUCGGCCAACCUGAGUUUUCAACAACAGGAUAAAUAUUAUUGAAAUACCUAUUGGCCUUCUUCACCUGUACAAAAGACAUACACACCCCUGCAUCAUUGCCAAGGCAGGGAGCAUAUGUGACUUUGAAGCAGCUUUGAAUUAAUGCAUACUGGAUAUGAAUCUGCAGUAUGUAGAGACUGCACAUGAAUGCCAGGUGUGUGCAGAAGAGGAUAUUGCAACAUGUUUUGGUUGCGAAAUUAAAAUCUAAAAUUACAAAUACACAUAUUAGGACUAAUAUCACUAGGUUAAUGUGAAAGUGAAUUGCUAAUUUGCACAGAUUUUCUCCCCCCAUUUUCCCCCUCUUCCAUUCAUCUUAUGAAUGAAUUUUUUAUAACCGUCUUUUCUAUCAACAUGUGAUUAUGCAAGGAUUAUAUUGAGGAUAAAUGAAAAUUAUUUUUAUUUGAAGAUAAACAUGAUUGAUCGUGGCAGACUAAUUAAUACAAUAGGAAUUCCCAGCUGGAGUAAGAAAUCAUAAAUAGCUCAGAACAGAUUCAGUUUGGGGAAACUGCUCUGGAUUAUGCAAGCUCAGACAUUUAUUCAAGUGCAGAAAGAAUAGAGAUAUUACAAGUUGUCUUCUAUAAUUGGCGUGCAGUAUAAAAAAAUAGGAAUGGCUAGCUUGAACUAUGCAUUGGCAACAUUGCAUUUUGCCCCUGCUUGUUCCAAAGAAUAGUAUUUGUUAUGGCCACUGACUUAGCAAAAUUCAUGGUCUAUUCUAGAGAAUAUUCUAAGAACAGAACAUAGAAGAUGACUUAGAUCAGAUCAGGUUAUUUGACCAUCUGGCCUAGUGUUAUUGCUUGACUCACAUCUGCUCUCCAGAAGCCUCAGCAGUGAAAGGCUUCUCUCAUCACAGCUGCCUGAUCCAUUUAAAAAUUUGGUCUGGAUUAAGUUUGAUUUUAUUUUCAUACAAAGCGGGUUCCCCACCUCCAAGCUCUGUUCCCUUCUUAACCUAAAGACAGACAUGCCCACUCAUGCUUCCAAACUGGUCCUGAGAACUUUAUUAGGGAAGGCAGAUUAGCAAUGCAAAUUGGACAGUAACACAAGUAUUUCGAGACAAGUAGGAAAUUUAGCCAGAGGUGGAGAACAAGAAAGUCCAAUCAGCCACAGAACAUAGGUGUACCUCUGCAGUGAUGUAAGCAGUGAUGAAAGUGAGAACAAAGCAUGUUUAUAAAUACUUCUAAGAGCUAUAUUGCACAGCUGUCUGUAGCACAAGAUGCGAAUGAAAUGAGAAUGAUGGUGUAGUUGGACAAAACAUCAUAAGCACAGAUGUUAAACUCAUAUCUGUCCUGCCUUUCCACUUAUUUGUCAUGAAAUAUUGUUUGCUUGGCUGGGAGUACAAUAGAAAGAACACUCUAUCAAAGCUGUAAGGAAGGGGAAGCAGUCUGCUAAGCGUUGGUGAUUAAAUGGGUAGUCUGUGAAUCUUUUAACAUGAUUUCUAUGGAAAAUAAAAUUUUAAAAGCUGUUUUUCAGAUGUCUGAAUGUCCUCAUCAGAAGACAUUUUAGUUCAGGAUUUAAUUUGAACAGAUUUCGUGUAUCCAUCAGAAGUUAGCUAUAGGAUUCCACAUAAUACUAGAUUGCCAAGACUCAAUUGGAAUAUUUCUUUCGCAAUUGUCAAAUUUGCUAAUCAUCUAUGUAAAGGGGGCAGUCAAAGUAUCUGGCUUUAAUCUUUCAAUUUCUUUCUGCAAAAACUCUAUUUUGUGAAUUUAGACUAUGUUCUUAGCAGCUGUUAUUAUGGCACUUUCGUCAGAAUGUGUGGAUUUGUUAAGUACGUGUACAGGAAACUCCCACUACUUAUUAUUUUGUCACAUUUGUGCUUUGGCUUGUUUACUAAUGGAGCAUAGUCCCCACCCCCUCAUCUUCUUAAGUAGUGUUUCACAAUCUCCGCAACUUUAAGAUGUGUAAACUUAAAUAUGUUGGCUGGAGAAUUCUGGGAGUUGAAGUCCACUUAAUGUUGCCGAGAUUGGGAAACACUGCUUUUAAGCAUUAUUCCUGUACUUCCAUUUUUGGGAAUGGAGGUAAACAUAAAUUUACCUUAAGGUGGUAUGGCAUUCUAGUUUAUUGUAUUACACAUGUCUCAGAUUUAAAAAUUUAACUUCAACACCCAGUUUGGUGUAGUGUUGAAGGUACUGGCCUAGAUAACUGGAGGCUUAUCUGACCUUAGGAAUGACUGGGGCCAGUUACUCUCUCUCAGCCCAAUCCACCGCACAGGGUUCUUGUGGGGAAAAUAGGAGGUUUUGUAUUCUCACACCUUGAAUUUCUUAUAAAGUAAUAAAGGCAGGAUAACCAUAUUAAAUAAAUCCUAAUAACUGA